AUGAGCAAGCAGAACCAGGUGUCCUGGUAUGUGCUGCCCAUCGAGCCCGCCUUCCUGUCCCGCGCCAAGGAGCGAGUCGGCUACAGGGAGGGACCCACCAUAGAGACCAAGAAAAUCCCACCUCAGCUCCCAGAUGAAGAUGACAAGGAUAGAGAACGGGAGGAUACAAGGGAGGGGAUAACCAUUGAGAUGUAAUAUGACUAAAUUAAUAAUUAAAAAAAAAAGGGAGACCUAACAGCCGAAGAAGUCAUGAAAAUUGAAGCAGAAAUAAAGGCUGCCAAAGCAGAUGAAGAGCCACCUCCAGCUGAUGGAAGAAUCCUGUAUCAAAAACCAGUCAAGCGCGCCUCCAGCAAAAACUGUUCUGGGUUAACAACAAGCUCCAAAAAGAAGAAAACUAAUGAAGAUGAUGUAAAGAAGCAGAAUUCCGUUAAAAAGAACUCACAGAAAAAAAUAAGAAAUAGCAGUCUCCUUUCUUUUGACAGCGAUGAUGAACACGAAUAAGCAAUGACGUUGUGGACUUGGUUUCCUUUGAAAGCAAUGAGGUAUUUUUCAAAGUAUUAGUUUUCCUGUAUCUUAAGGUAACAAUUUCCACUAG